AUGGCCGACGAUGCGCGGGACCCAACUACCCCUACUCAGGAAGUGAGGGAGCCUGAGCAGCAGGGUGUCCGCAAGCCGAAGCAUGAGUUUCCCAAGUCGCAGGUCGGGAAGCUGUGGGAUGCCUUCGGAAACCCCGAAGAGCCCGUGAAUAUGCUGCCUACAGCGACCACCAAGUCUGGACAAAAGGCUAAAGAAAUCACGGUCACUGAGGCUAUGAAAACAAUGUCUCUCGAUAAUGCCAUGAGUUUCCAUAAAGCGCCGUGUGCGCGUGACUCGCUGCUGCUCGGAAUCGGGGCCGGAUUCGGUGUAGGCGGCAUUAGGGGCGUGGUUGGAGGACUGCGCUCUAUGUGGACCGCCUGUAACUGGGCCGUCGGUGCUUUCGCUAUUACAGCGCUUGCAGCCCACGAAUUCUGCCAGCGGCGUCGCGUGGAGGAAUUAGACGGUAUGAAACAGGCAGUGGAGUUGAUGAAGGCGCUCAAAGACAAGAAACAACGUGAGAAGGAACAGAAGAUCGAGGAAGCCGCACGUUUGGCAGAGGAGGAAAGGAAACGGAAGAGCUGGACCAACCUAUCGAACUACAAGUUUUGGUAG